AUGGAAGCUCCUGAUACUACAAACUAUCAUGAUGAACGUGGAUUGCUAAAGACAGAGGAUUGCCAUAUACGAAUCCGUAAGGGGCAAAGCUAUGAAGAAUAUCUUUCACAGAAAAACCAAUAUUUGCAAGAAGGCCCCAUCAUCAGCGAACUUGAAACAUUUAUGGAAAACUCAAUACGAAUGGUCAACCUUUGCUCAGUUGAUAGUAUAACUAGAGUCCAAACAAUUCAUAGUCUGGAGCGACGUUACUAUUUGGGGUAUUUGGAUGACUGUCUCCAUAUUUGUAAUGAACUUAUAAGCAAGCUAAAACUAGAAUCAACAGACAAACAAGAACGCAAAAACUACGAGAAACUCCUCAAACAGCUCACAGAUAUUCAAGACAAAUGUCUCCAUAAGCUCACAAGCAUAUUAACGAUUGAUGAAGAAAGAAAAUUUUGA